AUGUCUGGAGCCGUCUUGGCGGAGAUGCUGGAGAAGAUGCGCGUGCGGGACACCGAUGAUUCCCGCACUGUGCUCAGCAAGAAGUUGUCGUAUGUCCUACGUCAUGGAGCCAAACAGCUCGAUCUUCCCAUUACAGACGGAGGCUUCGUGGCGCUCGCCGACCUUUUGGCGAUUGAGCCACUUUUCGGCGGUGUAAAGACUGAGGACGUGUUGGAGGUCGUGGAUGCUUCGAACUCCGAGAAGCAGCGGUACGAGUUGAUGCAGCAAGACGACGACUGGCUCAUCAGGGCCACCACCAAGCACACGAUGGAGGGCAUCCAAGCGCCCACGGCAAAACCGAAGAAGUCGCCCAAGCGAGCGAGCAAGGAUCGCAGCGGGCGCUUUUUUCCGACCGACGAAGAGGAGUUCUGCCAGACAUGGAGGCUGGACCGAAUGGCUCGGCAGAGACUCAGCGAGCUGCCAGAAGCAAGUCGGCAGCACGCCAUGCAACGCUUCAACCCCGGCCCCGAGGUUCCGGAAUCCGAUUUUCCGAAGCUGUUCGUCGCGUUUUUGAAGCGGUUCAAGACCAGCAAGGAUGGCGCUGAUGAGGACGAGGGCGGGAGUCGAAGCCCCGCAUCGCCUUCGCGGCGGAGAACCAAAGAGACUGCGCCUUCGAAUCGACCUGGCGGUAAGGGUGGUGGAAAGAGUCCAAAAGCAGAGACCGAAUCUGCAAGUUCCGAAGACAUCGGUGGCGAAUUUGCCUUUUAUCCUAGCCCUGGAUCCACGCCGCGCAGCUUCGAUGGUGACGUGGUUCAGGCGGAGCUGAGCCAAAGCCCUGAUCCCUCGAAGUCCGAGGAGUUUCGGCGGCUGGCCCUUGGCCCAAUGCAGCAUUCGCCUGUGCCAGCAGUUCAUGUGCAGCUUCCGCAAGGGCAAGAGUCCGUCCAGAUGAGUUCGGGGAUGCAGCCGCAGGUGACUAACUACCAGCAGCCGCAGCUUCAGCUCGUUCGCGGGACUCAGUCCCCACAGAUGCAGGUGCUGUCGACGCCUUCGCCUACCAGCAAGGCCGGCCCACCGGCCUCCCCGCAGUUUGCCGGGCAGAACCUGCAGCCACGCGGAGGGCAGAUGUCUCCGACGAUGUCGCCACAGCACAUGCAGCAAUUCAACGCUCAGGCCCAACACUUUCAGCAGUUCCCACCUGCACAGCAGUCGCCCGGCAUGGCGCAGCUGCAGUCUUACGCGCAGAACCAAGGACAGGCACCAUACCCACCCCAACCAAACGCUCCAUUUCAACCACAGCAGCUGCAAUCGCAGCCGUUUCAGCAGUUUCAAGCCCAGUAUCCACCACAAGCAUCCAUACCAGCGCCCCAAUUCCCAUCACAGCAAAUUCCACCACAAGUUCCGCCUCAACAGAUGCAGCAGCAGCAGCAAAUGCAAUCGCCACAAGUGACGCCACAAGCAUUUCAGCAGCAGCAACAGCAGCAACAGCNNNGCAACAGCAACACCAGCAGCAACAGCUGCUGCAACAACAGUUUCAACAGCAGCAGCAGAACGUACAACAGCACCAGCAGAACCUCCAGCAGCAGCAUCAGCAGCACUUGCAGAGCAUGCAACAGCAACAAGAUAGCAUGA